ACUCUGGCUGUGCUUCACUGAUAAGCCCCUCUCUAUUCCGAACCCAAUCCAAACCCCCGCACCACUUUGCGCAUUAAAUCGAUUUAAAUGAAAUGGAAAAUUGUUCCAAGUAUAUAGUAGCAACAGCGAGGAUCAAAGUACGUGAUAACCGUAUAUUUAUUGUAUAAUUAUACAACCGCAGCCGCCUGGCGCACCGCACAUCUUUCCAACUUUAUUCAGCUUGCUUUCAUCGAUCAAUCGAUCUAUACUGCUUUUUAAACUCGGGCGCCAGUUCUAUGUGUAUCUGCAAUUAUUGCUAACUUAAAAGAUGCGACCAUAAUUAAAAAUCAUUUAGUCUCUUAAUUUCUGCCAACGUUGCAUAUCAAUAUCGCAGUUUUUCGUAUUUUCGCCGUUGAAUCUCAAAGCUUGCGAUUCAAGCGGAAUUUUUUUGAAUUUUUUUUCGAAAUUAAAAUUCCUGUGUUUCGUUUAGUAUCGCUGUGAAUCACUCGAAAACAUUGUUCGAAUUAUGCCGGCCGUAAAUAGUCGUGGAAAUAUAGUAGACGAAAACCGUUUUAGUGACCAAUCUUUGAAUAUGGAAAAUGGAGAUCAAAAUAUUCCGGUAGAUCGAGUGAUCUUGCGGAAAUCCGCUACUACCGGGCAAUUAAUUCCGCCGUUAAUGGCAGCCCAUCCAACGCGUAGAAGUUUUACUUCGUCCUUUAUGAGAAUUCCCGAAGAUCGUGAAAUAGAUAUCGUGUGUCCUUGUCCUGCUAGCAAGCAGGAUCUUAACAUUGCCACAAUUAAAAAUGAUCAAACCUCUUCGAUCCUUGUUUUCUGGCGAUCCCCAAUUGGAUCCUUGAUUCUAUGGUGGCCUACCCUUAUAAUUACCCUCUCUUUGAAUCUUAUGAGACGUAUCCUUCAAAUUGUAAUGUUCUUGCCAUUACUAAUUGCCGCACCAAGCUUUUGGCUUUCAGCUUUGCUUUGGAUCUUCUGGAAAGUAAUGCGCAUUCCGAUUUCAAUACUUAAAUGGGUACUAAGUUCAACGGCCGAGGAUUUAAUCGGCAACAACAAUACUACAUCAGCCGCAAAUAGAAGUGAUAAACGCACAGUUCUUAUCAGCUGUGGCAGUACAAUACAGACAUUGCAUUUAGCUCGCAACUUGUAUUCCUCUGGAGCCAGAGUAAUUGUUUUCGAAUUCGAAGGACAUUUUGGACUAGCUCGAUUUUCAACUGCAGUUCAUAAGUUCUACUCAGUUCCCAAGCCGACAGCAGACAAUCCAGAUAGUUAUAUUGCAGCUUUGUGUAAUAUUGUAGAUAAGGAGAAGCCAUCUUACUAUGUUCCGGUUUGUGCAACAAGUCCGGCUUAUUAUGAUGCUUUGGCAAAGCCUCAUUUGGAGUUGCUUGGUUGUGCAACAUUUUUGCCAAAUUUGCAGGAAAGUGUUGUUAUUGAUGAUUCGCUCAAGUUUUUCCAAAAGUGUCGAGCAAGUGGAAUACCAUUGCCGCCUUAUAAAAUCUUAUCGUCCAAGGAGGACCUGAUGCUGCUUUACGAAAGUGGCUUUAUUGCAGCUUUUCGGAAUAUCAUGAUGGCUGUAGGAAUGCAGGGACUUUUGGAGCGUUUUAAGUAUGUUGUUCCAAAUAAUCGGCGAGACUUUAAAUUCAGCCAUGAAAUCAGUGAAAAGAGUCCUUGGUUAAUUGUGAGGGACAUUCCGGGAGAUCACUAUGUGACCUGUACCACGGUAAAAGACUCAAAAGUUAUAGCGAACGCUUCGUGUGUUGUGGAGCCUGAUACGAAGAAUCUUAUCCCUAGAUACAGUAAAGGUAUUGAGAUUUGGAUAAAGGAGUUUUUUGCAAAGACACGAAGUCAGCGACCAAUAAAUGGACACAUAAGCUUUCGAUUGGUCAAGAGUCAGGCUACUGGAGAAUUUUUACCACUUGGUGCAAGGGUAGGCGUUUCAUUACCAUACAUUUGCUAUAGCGGAACACAUGCGAAAGUCCUUUGUAAACCAUGUUCCCAUAAUAAUCAAACCCACUCGUUACUUGACGAUGCAGGACUUUUUUGGUCAAAUGAAAAUCAUAAAACUUCAUCGAUUGAUGCUAUAAGUAGGAGGUUAUUGGGUAAUAUUUUAGACAAACGGGAAGCUCUAUUCGCUUAUUGGGAUCCAUUGCCAUACUGUGCCUAUUAUCACUUUCAAUUGCCGCUAGCUUCGGUGAGGACGUUUUUGCAAAAUCGACAGAAGACAACGACACCCCAGACAAUUCCUGCAGCUAUAGCAUCUCCUGUAAAUUGAUUAAGAAUUUUUCGAAGAGAAG